AUGGCGACGUCGCCGAGUGCUCCGGAUCUUGCGAUCGAGCCAGUCAGUCCAGUUAACGAAGUUGUUGCAAGCGUUCCCAUCGAGACAGCCUCGUCUCCGGCUAAGCCUGGUGUCGAAAGCAUCGAUGUACUGCUUCCUUUGCUUAAAGAGGUCAGUGAGACUUUGAAGGAUUUGAGAAAUCACUCUGCGCGGUUUAUGAAAUUGUUGGAUAUCUCAGAAGCGGAGGAACGGGCUGAGAAAAGGCGUGAGCGUCGUCGUAGUAGUCGGCCGUCAAGUCAUGGAUCUCAAAGCAGGGCAUCGUCCUCUUAUUCCUUUUCUUCUAUGAGCUCCGAUUCUGAACCACGAAGAGUACGUCGCGAACUCAGGGAAGAACCUUUGGACGAUGGGAAUCUGGCGGAAAUUGGGGAACGUGUCUCUGUGAGGCGCAGGCAGUCUGCAACAGAUUCACGAGAAGCCCGAGCUACGGGCCCGAGCAAUGAAGAAGCGAUGGUUGAGGGGCCUAGCCUUGUUAUGAGGCGGCGAGAAAGCCGAAGAUCUAGUGCCCCCAUAGAUGUUGUAGUGGUUGAGGAGCGUAGCGACAGGAUGAGCUCAAGAAAUACCCGAAGACUCAAGGGUGGCGAAGGCGUGAGAAGGAACGUUGCAAGAAUUGAGACGUACCAGGAGUCAUCAGAUAAUACAGAAGCAACGAACUCAAACAACGAGAAUGGCGACGUUUGCGAAGAAGAAAGAUCAGAAUCAAACUCACAACUCAGCGUUAGAUCUACGAGUUCCAAUAGACUAGGACAUCGCAGCCUAAAGGGAUAUACUUCAGAAACGAUAGAAUACGGUAGUUUUCCCCACCCAGAUCUCUGUGAGCAGCUGUUCGGAGGAACGAGUGGCUUUCGUGGUGAAGGAGACAAAGAUACGUAUUAUCCACAUUUGAAAGAGAAAGGUAUUAUCUUCGCCCGUGACGAAAGAUGCAGUUUUACUUUCGAUCUUGCUAGUCUUACCAAUAAAGACGACGGUUACGACUGUUUUCCAGGGAGCUUCCGAGGGGGAGGCAACCCAUCCGUGCUUUUGGCUGAAAUCGAAAGAGUUGAACGCUUUUCUGACGAACUACGAUCGAAGGGAGGCUUCUUCUUCUUUCGCGAGUCUUAUUUGUCGGAUAAAGAUUUCAGAAAUAAGGUAUACAAUGGAAAGCAUGUCAUAAGAUGCCGUGAUAAUAGACGACAUGCACUUCCGAAGCUGUCCGGAAUAGGUCGCCAAUUUUCAGGGGAAUUCCCAAUAGUUGUACCCAAGGACGAACUUGCACAGAUCGCGCAUGCACACUUGGGAUACCAGAAAAUGGUCUACCAUUCACAACAGCAACGACUGAGGGAAGACGUGAUUGGACCUUCUAACAUCAACGAUGCUCUCACCGACAGCGACUCAGUUUCUUCUGCCUAUGGUCCUCUAGAGCCAGGCGUGACGUAUCAUUAUAGGGGGCAACCGAGGACUGACUACAACAAAGGUCCACUGACGGGCUGGGAGACGACCGGAGGCCCUGGGCCUGACAUCCAACACAGGGAAGGUCGUCAGGUAUAUUGUGAUCCUCACAUUACCGCCCCUUGGCGAAGGCUCUGCGUGCUCACAGGUCUGUCGAGGGUAAUAGGAGAUGACCCGUCACGUAUUUGGUUAUCUAUCCCUUUGUUUGAACGAGACAUUAAAGUAGAUCAAGGAGACGAUAAAAACUGCUAUGCUGGAUCUAACACGUCAAGUCACGGCGAGGAUGACCAAGAUAACGAGGCGAACGAUGAUAGCGGCCAUGUGAGUAAUCAGUACUACGAAGGCAAUAUAUUAGAGCAUCUCAGUCACAAACAAAUCUCAAUUCGGCGAGUCUCCCGCAGACGUAUCGUAAAAUUUCAAUUCUCUUGGUACGAGAUCAUUCCAUACGCAGACUCAGAGAAUCGCAAGUUUUCUGGCAGAUUAUACCAGGACAAGGACAAGCGGACAAUUCAAUUACAAUCCUUCAUGGCAAUAGGAAUUUGGCAAAAAAUAGAUGAAGACUACUCUGGGGAUAGCAAAUUUUGGACUCUCAUCAUCAUGGCACCUGCCUUCUUUUACCAUAAAGACCCGACUGAUUUCGACAAUACGAACGCAAGCAAGGAAUUGAACGACUUGAUCGGGCCGCUUAAAAGUGUCCUGCCAACGAUAUCUGCGACGCUGAGCAUGGUAAUCUCCAAGAUAGUGGCACAUUGGACCAAAAUUGGCGACUAUGUGGACCAAUUUGUUGCCGGUCAGGACAGCUUCUUACGCGAGAAAAGGCACGAUAGGCUGCUUUUCGAUGAUGAUAGCUUUACUCGCUCCAGGCCAUAUUUCUGGGCCAUAACCAGCACGGGAGAGUUCAUUCUCAUUAUUGACGAGACUCUAAAUCACUAUAGAACCGUUGCGAAAUGGGUUUCGAAGGAUAAGGACGAAUUGAGAAAACAUCGUGAAGCACGGAAGAAGCUUGAGGCUGUGAAGGCUAGGUUCGAGAGGCAAAGAGAAAGAGCUACCGAGCUCCGAGAGGGCUUAUUCAGUGCCAGCUCGGUGGUCGAGAGUAGAAUAUCGACGCGACUCGGUCAAAACGUGAGGCUUCUCACAUACGUGAGCAUUUUCUAUCUUCCCCUUGCAUUCUGCGCAGCACUUUGGGCAAUCCCCAAUAUCACCGAGGCAGCAACUCGAACUCCCUUCAUAGUCACAGCCUUCUUCGUAGGCCUCGCAACAUACUUCAUUGUUUUCAAUCUCGAUUCGUUAGUAACAUUUGUCUUAAAAUCUUAUUCUAGAUUCCGUAAAGGGGCGAUAAAGCAGAUGACGAGAGACUCGAAAAACUCUCCACCCAACGACAAAUGGCAGAAGCGCGCACAAGGGUUCAAUCGAUUUGAAUCUGACCGCGGAGAGACUCGACCUUCGGAGUGGUACAUCUUAUGGUAUACGCUACUUUAUUUGUUUCAUCGAUCUAUUAGUGUCGAAAAUGAUGAUGGUUCUGGAUACAGUUCAGAAACGUCAGGGUCUGAGACCUCGGAGUCUGAAGAGAGCUCUACUGAAGAUUCAGGUAGUAGUGAGCGUAGCGAGAGUAUUAACGAAAUAACUCAAAAAAAGCCUUGGUUUUCGGGGAUUCGUGAACGUUUUCGGAAACCCAAGGUUACCAGUACUGCUGAUCCUGAUGAGCAAUCUCAACCAGAAAAGUCUUUGCUGUCAAUGAUGCAUCAAAAAGCCAGAGUGUUGGUGUCUACUUCCACUCCAGCGGGCAACGAAGAGUCAUCGGGGGAUAAAUCUUGGACCUCUUGGCCGCUGAAGUGGUUCCGGAAGCCUAAGAAGGGUAAAGAGAAGGGAGGGUCGAGUACGGUAACCGUUCCUGAGGUCUGCUGA